GUGGUGGUUGGAGACAAAGUGAUGCUGAACCCGGUGAACGCUGGGCAGCCGCUGCACGCCUCAAACUACGAGCUGACCGACCAUCCAGGCUGCAAAGAGGUGAACUCUGUGAACUGCAACACCAGCUGGAAGAUCAACCUGUUCAUGAUGUUCAGCGACAACAGAGAGGAAGUCCUCAAAGGAGGCGAGGUGGUGCGUUUGUUUCACGCCGAGCAGGAGAAGUUUCUGACCUGCGACGAGUACAAGAGCAAACUCCACGUGUUCCUCCGAACGACUCUGAGACAAUCUGCCACCUCAGCCACCAGCUCCAACGCUCUGUGGGAGAUCGAGGUUGUCCAUCAUGACCCUUGUCGUGGGGGGGCGGGACAUUGGAACAGCCUCUAUCGCUUUAAACACCUGGCCACCGGAAACUACCUGGCUGCUGAGGAGAACCCGGGAUAUAAAGGAGACAGUGCAGAGCCGGCAUCUGUAGUCGACAGCAGUCGCAGCAAGCGCUCCCACGGCGAGAGGAUCAAGUACAAGUUGGUGGCGGUGGCUCAUGGGAACGACAUCGCCUCGCUGUUCGAGCUCGACCCGACCACGCUGCAGAAGACCGACUCGUUCGUACCACGAAACUCGUACGUACGGCUGAGACAUCUGUGCACCAACACCUGGAUCCAGAGCACCAACGUCCCCAUCGAUAUCGACGAAGAGAGACCCAUCAGACUCAUGUUAGGAACGUGUCCCACUAAAGAGGAUAAGGAGGCGUUUGCCAUCGUCUCUGUUCCUGUGAUGGAGAUCAGAGAUCUGGACUUCGCUAACGAUGCCAGCGCCAUGCUGAGCACCGUGGUGGACCAGUUCGGACAGGGCUUCAUCAGCCAGAACGACCGCCGGUUUGCCAUCAAGCUGCUGGAGGACGUGGUUUUCUUCGUGGCUGACGUCAUCAACAGCGGGCAGGCGGUCCUGGAUGUAAACAUGUCCAAAGCCAACCGAGAGAGACAGAAACUGAUGAGAGAACAGAACAUCCUCAAACAGAUCUUUGGCAUCCUGAAGGCCCCCUUUAAGGACCGGGGGGAAGGGGAGGGUCCUCUGCUGCGUCUGGAGGAGCUGGCGGACCAGAAGAACUCUCCCUACCAGUACAUGUUCAGACUCUGCUAUCGAGUCCUCCGACACUCCCAGGAGGACUACCGCAAGAACCAGGAGCACAUAGCGAAGCAGUUCGGUGUGAUGCAGAGUCAGAUCGGUUAUGACAUCCUGGCUGAGGACACCAUCACCGCCCUGCUGCACAACAACCGAAAACUGCUGGAGAAACACAUCACCAAGACCGAGGUGGAGACCUUCGUCAGCCUGGUCCGCAAGAACAGAGAGCCCAGGUUUCUGGACUACCUGUCAGAUUUGUGUGUGUCCAACAACGUGGCCAUCCCCGUCACUCAGGAGCUCAUCUGUAAAUGUGUACUGGACCCCAAAAACCAGGAUAUCCUCAUCAAGACAGAACGUCGUGUCCCCAAAGAUGCGAUCCCUGGUGGUGGAGAAUACAUCGGGAUGGAAGACUAUGGAGAUGAUGACGAGGUGUGGCUGGUGUGGACAGACAAGACCAAUGAGAAGCAGGAGAAGGGCAUCAGACAGCUGGCUCAGGAGGCAAGACAAGGGAACGCUCACGAUGAGAAUGUCCUCACCUACUACAGGUACCAGCUGAAGCUCUUUGCCCGGAUGUGUCUGGACCGUCAGUAUCUGGCGAUAGACGAGAUCUCCAAGCAGCUGGAUGUGGAGCUCAUCUUCCUCUGCAUGAUGGACGAGACGCUGCCCUUUGACCUCCGGGCCUCCUUCUGCCGCCUCAUGCUCCACGCCCACGUAGAUCGGGACCCUCAGGAGCUGGUGACCCCUGUGAAGUUCGCUCGCCUCUGGACCGAGAUCCCCUCCUCCAUCACCAUCAAAGA